AAAUGGCAUGCAAACGUCAUUCAGUGUCCGAUCCCAUUUCGAAGGAUCUCGUCGAGUGUCUUCGUGAAUCAAUGCAAAGAGAUCUCAAAUUUGAGACUCCGUACGUUUUCGUGAUAUUUGGAGCAUCGGGAGAUCUCGCAAAAAAGAAAAUAUACCCAACACUGUGGUGGUUGUUCCGUGACAACCUUUUGCCAGUCAACAUCAAAUUUAUUGGAUAUGCCCGUUCCGAUCUGACAGUUUUCAAGCUUCGUGAAUCUUUUGAGAAAAACUGUAAAGUUCGAGAAAAUGAGAAAUGUGCUUUUGAUGACUUCAUCAAGAAGUGCUCAUACGUUCAGGGCCAAUACGACACUUCUGAAGGAUUCCAACGCCUUCAAUCUUCAAUUGAUGAUUUCCAAAAAGAAAGCAAUAAUCAAGCCGUCAAUCGUCUCUACUACCUCGCUCUUCCUCCAUCAGUUUUCAACGUGGUUUCUACGGAAUUAAAGAAGAAUUGUAUGGAUCAUGGUGAUUCAUGGACACGUGUUAUCAUAGAAAAACCAUUUGGACAUGAUUUGAAAUCAUCUUGUGAACUUUCAACUCAUUUGGCGAAACUUUUUAAAGAAGAUCAAAUCUACCGUAUUGAUCAUUAUCUCGGAAAAGAAAUGGUUCAGAAUUUGAUGGUUAUGCGAUUUGGAAACCGAAUUCUCGCUCCAUCUUGGAACCGCGAUCACAUUGCAUCAGUUAUGAUCUCAUUUAAAGAAGAUUUUGGAACUGGUGGCCGUGCUGGAUAUUUUGAUACAGCUGGAAUUAUCCGUGAUGUUAUGCAGAAUCAUUUGAUGCAAAUUCUAACUUUAGUCGCCAUGGAGAAACCAGCAAGUUUGAAUGCUGAAGAUAUUCGUGAUGAAAAGGUCAAAGUGUUGAAAGCUGCUAAAGUUGUAGAAUUAAAGGAUGUAGUAGUUGGACAAUACAUUGCCAGUCCUGAAUUUGAUCACCCAGAAGCAUCACAAGGAUACAAAGAUGACAAAUCAGUUCCAGCCGAUUCGACUACUCCAACGUAUGCUCUUGCUGUUGUUCACAUCAAUAAUGAACGUUGGGAGGGUGUUCCAUUCUUCUUGCGUUGUGGAAAAGCUCUCAACGAGAAGAAAGCAGAAGUUCGUAUACAAUUCAAAGAAGUCAGUGGAGAUAUCUAUCCGUCUGGUGAAUUAAAGCGAUCCGAAUUAGUGAUGAGAGUGCAACCAAAUGAGGCAGUUUACAUGAAACUGAUGACCAAGAAACCUGGAAUGGGAUUCGGUGUUGAAGAAACUGAACUUGAUUUGACUUAUAAUAAUAGAUUCAAAGAAGUCCGUCUUCCUGAUGCUUAUGAACGCCUAUUUCUCGAAGUAUUCAUGGGAUCUCAAAUUAAUUUCGUUCGAACUGAUGAGCUUGAAUACGCUUGGCGUAUUUUGACGCCAGUUCUCGAAGAGCUUAAAAAGAAGAAAGUUCAACCGGUUCAAUAUAAAUUUGGAAGUCGUGGUCCAACUGAAGGUGACGAAUUGAUGAAAAAGUACGGUUUCAUCUUCACUGGAACAUACAAAUGGGUUGCUCCAAAGCUAUAAAUGAUACCAGAUCUUCCUCUAUUCAUUCUCUUUCAAAUGUUUGUAGAAAUAACUUCAAAAAUUCAGCAGCUACUAGUUCAUAUGUUUUCCUGUGUUCCACAUCAAUAUUAUUCCUGCUCUUUUUUCAUUUGUUAAUGUUCUAUUGAAUGAAUGAAAAUAAAUACGUUUUCAGUU